AUGUACCCGAUCUUCGUCUUUGCCGCCGAGAUCGCUGGUCUGGUCACUGCCCCCGUCAACCCAGCCCUGACUGUCGGCGAGCUCGCCAAGUCGCUGGAGCAGGCCUCGGUCGACGUUGUCCUCGCCCAUCCCUCGUGCCAGGACAACGCUCGCGCUGCUUGGGAGCAGGCCAAGGCCGCCAUGGGCCGCCUCUCCGUCUCGGCUUCCUCCUCUGCCGCCACCGACGGCCUAUACAUGUUUGACGACGCCGACGAGCUCGUCAUCGGCGCUCAUGGCGAGCCCGACCUCCGCGCACAGCUCACCGACAACGAGCUCGAGUCGUAUCGCGUCGAGGACCCCGCCAAGGAGACUGCUUUCAUCAUGUUCUCCUCCGGCACCUCGGGCUCCGCCAAGGGUGUCGAGAUCACCCACUCCAACGUCAUCCACAGUGUCAUGGCCCUCGUCGCCACCCACGACGACUACUUUGGCCAGAAGGAUGUCCAGGUCGGCUUCCUGCCCUUCUACCACAUCUUUGGUCUCAUCAAGCUCAUGCACCACCCCUUCUACCUCGGCAUGAAGAUCGUCAUCCUGCCCAAGUUCAACCUCGACCUCUUCUGCGAGAAGAUCCAGGAGUACCGCGCCACCGCCUCGCUUGUUGUCCCGCCCGUCCUCCUCCAGCUUGCCAAGAGCCCCGUCCCGGAAAAGUACAACAUGACGAGCCUCAAGUGCGUUCAGUGUGGCGCAGCUCCUCUCUCGGCCGAGCUCUUUGAGCUGCUCGAGAAGCGCUACCCGGGCAUGGCGGUGCUCAACGGCUACGGCCUCACCGAGUCCCUUCCUUCGGUCAUCUGCUCCGGUCCCAAGGAACUCCCCAACUCCAAGGGCGCUGCUGGCCGCAUCGCCCCUGGUGUCGAGGUCCGUCUCGUCUCGGAGGAGGGCCACGAUGUCGGUCAGGAGCAAGGCCGCGAGGGCAACCCUGGCGAGGUCUGGCUGCGUGGCCCCACCAUCAUGAAGGGCUACCUCGACAAUGAGGACGCCACCCGCGAUGCCUUCACCGAGGACGGCUGGUUCAAGACGGGCGACGUCGCCAUCAUGCGCAACACCGAGAUCUUCAUCGUGGACCGUAUCAAGGAUCUAAUCAAGUUCAAGGGCUUCCAGGUCUCGCCCGCCGAGCUCGAGGCCGUCAUCACGAGCCAUCCCGAGGUGGCUGACGUUGCUGUCUUUGGUGUCUGGUGCCCCGCCCAGAUGACCGAGGUGCCGCGCGCCUGCAUCGUGCCGCGCGAUCUUGCGCUGCUCAACAAGCCCGACGAGUGCAUCGAGCUCGAGAAGCGCGUGCGCACCCACAUGGAGAAGCUCGUCGCCGCCCACAAGAAGAUCCGCGGAGGCAUCGAGUGGGUCGCCACCAUCCCCAAGUCGCCCUCGGGCAAGAUUCUGCGACGACUGCUUCGCGACGAGGCCGCUCGCGAGGCUGCCAAGCUGGACGCCCAGAGCCAGCUGCGUUCCACGCUCGUCACCUCGCUUUCGGCCGUCAAUGCGAACAACAACGCCAAGAACGACGAGGAGGCCAAGGAAAGCAUCUUCUCGCCCGUCUCGCCGGUGGCUGCCGCAUGA